CACCGCUCGUAGGGGACAGCUGCCCUGGCUUCUUCCAACCCCGGCCGUCACUUUCGCCUCCCUGCGCUAGUCUGGGUGGGGUGUCCGAUCUCUGGGCAGUGCCCGAAAAGUGCCCUGCGCCUGAGGGUGCUGAUGAACGCGGCUGAUUGGCCGAGAAGGGCCGCCAGCCCAGGCCCAGCUGCGCCUCCUUUGGUUCGUCCUGCCUUCAGUGCGGCACAGGCUCCCUUGUCCUCCGGCCCCAGGUCAUCUCUGGAGACCACCCCGUCCCCGAGGUUCUCUCCCUAUCCCUGCCCUGGACUCUUCACUAACCGUGCAGCACAGAGGCUGGAAAUCCAGGUCCCUGGCUACUUAUUUUCAGUUCUCCCUGAGAGCGUCAUUGGUGGGGCUCUUGGAAAUGACACUUGAACAACAACUUACCUCCUCCUAUCUACCGGUUUCUCCUUAAAGAACCCUCCCCCGAACUGGGGAGGGUUCGCUGACCACCGUGGGACCCCACUGGUACACAGAAGGAAAAGGAAUCCAAUAUUACGUCUUCUUCUCCAACUCACCCCAUUCAAGAGACACCAGAGCCCACACGACUGUCUUAAUUUUUUUUGUCUUCACCCCUUUGUUCAUCCUAUGUUCCUGUCCACUCCUUCUGGGGCCAGGGAUCUCCCUUCGCUGUCCCAGUUCUCUGCAUUUCCACUGCCAAAGCUGUCUGCAAUUCUGCUAGUCACCCCCAUUGCCAAACUUUCCUAAAACCCACAAGAGGUGACAUGUGCAGGGCACUGACCCAAUCAAUCAGACUGCCAGGGCUGUCCCCCCCUCCCUCCAGCACAGUUGACACAUGUCAUCCUUUUUACACACACUUCCACUUCCCAGGCCAAGCUAGGUUUUUUCCCAACAUAAAGUUGUCCCCCACUUGGCCACCCACAUAACUCUGCCCCAGUACCAACCCAGUCACCGUUCCUAAGUUUCUUGAACCUUCCGAAGAACCCAGGGCAAGCUAAUCAACACUAGCGGCCUCCCGGCUCCGGAAAGAUCUGGGUUCUGUCUACCUGUUUGACCUUCAGGAUGUCUUAGACUCUCUUUGGGCUUCAUCUGCAAAAUACAGUGGUUGAACAGAACAACUAACUCUGAUGUAAUUCUAAAAGCAAUGUCUAACAUCUUGUUUAGAUGCCUAAUUAGAAUUGACAGCAAGAAGUUGCACCAGGUACCUCCCAGGAGAGUUGCCAAGGGAAAGAGCUUCUCAAAUGUGUAGCCCCAGCAGCCAGCACACACCUGCUGUAGCACUGGUGGGCUGUCUCCAUGUCUGUUUCCUCUAUCUGAGAAGCCCCAGGAGGGCAGGGACAGGGUCUGAUUCACCACUGUAUUCCUAGCAUCUUAUACAAUGCCUGGCACGUAGUAUACAUUUAAUGCAUGUUUCUAGAAUAAAUGAAUGAAUGGGAGGAAAGGAACCAGAUAUAAGUUAGUUCUGCAUGUUAUAAAUCAAAACUGAUGUUCUCAAGGCAACUUGGAGUACUUGUUCCCACAAGUAUUAUGUGCUAUGGGAACACGAGGGUACAUUUUAAUCCAGAUGGGCCUAUAAAAUCCAGGAUGUGAGAUCUCUGUGGCUCUAGGAGUCCCGAGAAAGGGGGGUAAACCACAAAAAUUAGCUGGCCUCCACCAGGCUGGGGCUCAAAUCAACAUCCUCUAUCCACCUAGUAACAUGCUAAAGACAACACUUCCGAGCCCAGAUUUGAAUGGAGUGUACUAAUACUAGCUGAGGAAAUAUGUAAUGUGUGGCGGAUUCCUCACAGUUUUCGCUUUUAUUUAACCAAACACUUAAUUUCUUCCUUACAAUUGCCUUAUGAGAUAGGUCUCAGGAAGGAAGAAAUUUAGAUUCAAAGAGGUUCAAUAACGCAUCUACGGUCAUUAACGGAUAAGGAAUCAACAUUUGUGUCAGGUUCCAAAGUCCACGCUUCGUUCAGUUUUGCAGGGGACAAGGUGGACGAGAGGACCAGGGAAACAGGACAGACAGCUCAAGCCACCCUGGCCAGCCCUGGGGACAGGUAUACUCAGCUAGACUAGUGGGGCAGCCCAUGGUUACUGGGCUGUGGGCUGAAGAGCCAAUCCGUGGGGCCCCAGGUGCCUUCUGGCGUUCAUUCUGACAUAAGUAAGAGUAGGCAGGGUAGGGGCCACCUGAGCUCACCAGAGCCUGCACCUCGGAAACACGGGGGCUCUGACGUGCUCCUGCUGACGUUGGUUUCUGCAGUGACAGAUGCCCCGCUGCCGGCGGGGGAGGGUGCGGAUAUUCCUACCACCCAGACCUCUUAGGGCUACCGCAACUCCCAAACCCGCCCCGCCGGCCUCUCAAAGACUUGCGGGUACCGGAACCAGUCCGCCGAGCCCCGCACGUGGGUCCGCAGAGCGGAGGGCGGGGACUGCGCACGGCCCGGACUACAAGUCCCACAAUGCUCCAGACGGCGGCGGCGGAGAAAGGGGGGUACCUUCAGGUGUCUACGACCUCGGCGCCUCCCGCCCGGAAGUGCCCGAGGGUCCGCUAUGGGGCUGGCGGAGCUGGGCGCUCCGUAGCGCGGCGGGCAAGGCAGGUGCCAUGGCCCUGAUUGAAGGGGUGGGUGAUGAGGUGACCGUCCUUUUCGCGGUGCUUGCCUGCCUUCUGGUGCUGGCUCUCGCCUGGGUCUCAACACACACCUCGGAGGGUGCUGACCCACUGCCCCAGCCAUCAGGGACCCCAACACCAGCACAGCCCAGUGAAACCAUGGCGGCCACCGACAGCAUCAGGGGGGAGGCACCAGGAGCCGAGACAGCCAGCCUGCGACACAGAGGUCAGGCUGCACAGCCAGAGCCUGGCACGGGGCUCCCAGCAGCACCGCCACCCUCAGACUCCCCCCAGGAACCCCUAGUUCUACGGCUGAAAUUCCUCAACGAUUCAGAGCAGGUGGCCAGGGCCUGGCCCCACGACACCAUUGGCUCCCUGAAAAGGACCCAGUUUCCCGGCCGAGAGCAGCAGGUCCGACUCAUCUAUCAAGGGCAACUGCUGGGAGACGACACCCAGACCCUGGGCAGCCUUCACCUCCCUCCCAACUGCGUUCUCCACUGCCACGUGUCCACACGAGUCGGUCCCCCACACCCCCCCUGCCCACCGGGGUCCGAGCCAGGCCCCUCCGGGCUGGAAAUAGGCAGCCUGCUGCUGCCCCUGCUGCUGCUGCUGCUGCUGCUGCUUUGGUACUGCCAGAUCCAGUACCGGCCCUUCUUCCCCCUGACCGCCACUCUGGGUCUGGCCGGCUUCACCCUGCUCCUCAGUCUCCUGGCCUUUGCCAUGUACCGCCCGUAGUGCCUCCACGGGCUCUUGGCAGUGUGGCUGGCCCCUCCGGACUUCGCUCCCCGCGACAAGGUGGGCGCUGCUGUCUGCCUAGGCCCACCUCUGCAGCCUGCCUCUUCCCACUGCCCUGGAGCCCAGCCCUGCGCCGCAGGGCACUCCAGGGGCAGGCGGAGGCCCCUCCCUGUGACCUCCACGGCUCUGAGCCACCUCCCGGGGCUGUGGGCCCUCGACCCCCGCUGACAGUGGGCUCCUCCAGGUCAGGCAGCUGCUGUCGCUGCCUUGGCCCUGGGCAGAGCAGGGCCACACCCCUGGACCCGGCUUAGUGUUCAGCCUGAGUACCCAGCCACCUCUAGUCCCCAGUUGCUCCUUGUGCUGAUUUGGGGACCCAAGGACCAUGGGGGCUGGGAGAGGUGGCGGGGGUUCUCUGGAACACGUGCAGAUUAAAUGACUGUGAAGUUUUCA